AGGCUGGCCGGGGCCCGGGGCUCUCUGCGCCUCUGAGCCGUGGGUGGCCUGGGCCUGGCUCCGCUGGGGAGCCCAUGGAGGCUGCGCUGCGGCGGGGCAAGCGGGGGCAGCCCCGCUGAGGAGGAGGAGGAGGAGGCCAGGGCGACGGCCAAGGAGGCGCAGCCAUGGGGACGGUGCUCUCUCUCUCGCCUAGCGGCCCCGGGAAGGGCGGUGUUGGGGUCCCGCUGCCUCCGGAGAAGGCGGCCCAGGGUCGAGCCAAAGGAGGCGAGAGCCGGCUGAAGCGCCCGGGGGUGCUGCUCUCGGCCCUGACCUGGAAGCGCCUGGUGGCCGCCUCGGCCAAGAAGAAGAAGGGCGCCAAGAAGGUGACGCCCAAGCCGGGCUGCGAGCCCUCGGUGCAGCAGCGGAACCGCGAGAACGCCCGCAAGGCCCAGGCGGGGCCCCUGCCGGUCCCGGUGCCCACCGUCCCCGCCGGGGAAGAGGCGGCCAAAGCCCCGCCGCCGCCGCCUCCGCCGCCCCCGCCGCCUCCCCUGCCGGGCCAGCGGGGCCCUUCCUCCUCGUCGCCCCCGUCCUGCCCCUCUCCGCGGCGGGUGAUCGUCCAGGCCUCGACGGGGGAGCUGCUGCGCUGCCUGGGGGAGUUCGUGUGCCGGCGCUGCUACCGCGUCAAGGAGCUGAGUCCCGCGGAGCCGGUGGCCUGGUUCCGGAGCGUGGACCGGGCGCUGCUGCUGCAGGGCUGGCAGGACCAGGGCUUCGUGACGCCGGCCAACCUGGUCUUCGUCUACCUGCUCUGCCGGGAGGCCCUGCAGGGCGAUAGGAUCGGCAGCGCCGCCGAGCUGCAGGCCGCCUUCCUGACCUGCCUCUACCUGGCCUACUCCUACCUGGGCAACGAGAUCUCCUACCCGCUCAAGCCCUUCCUGGUGGAGGGCGACAAGGAGCGCUUCUGGGACCGGUGCCUGGCCCUCCUCCAGGGCCUCAGCCCCCAGAUGCUCCGCAUCAACGCCGACCCCCACUUCUUCACCCAGGUCUUCCAGGACCUCAAGGCCGAGGGGCCACAGGCCAAGGACUCCGCCGCCCCCAACAACAACAACAGCAAGCACUGGACUAUCAGCCUCGACCGCUGA